AUGUCCAACACGAUCAAUCCUGCAGACAUUCCCUUGCCACCUUCCGAAUCACCGUGUACCAGCUCGGAAGCGCAGGGCAUUAGCGUUGCGCCUAUCGACUGGGACUCCCUCCCUCCGCUCGAAGACUUUCAGUGGUCGUCUUUCGAAGGAGAUAUCCAAAACCUCAGUCCCUUCUGUCUUAAUGCGUCAGGUGUAGAUGUCCCUAUGGCUACGUCGGACCCGGCAAAUAUGGACUUUCUCGCCAACUCCAGUAUGUCGUGGGACUACGCUCCGACGAACAACCCUCCAUCGUCGUCGUUCGAUCUAGGUCAAACCUCGCUUUACACCCAGAAUCAGCUACUUAUCAAACGCGUCGAGGAUCUAGAGACGAAGUAUUAA